UACAAUGGAAAGGAGCACCUCAAAUGUUCCAGGAAGUGAAGGCUUCCAUUUUCCCAAAAGGAUAAAGGAAGAAGAUCCUUUUAUUGAUUUUGUACCAGACCAGACUGGGCCUCAGUUUUCAGAGGUAGUGCUGGAGGUGUGUCCAAUACAGGAGCAGAAUUGUUCCUCGAGAAGAAUGAUGACCAUAGAUCUGAAGGUGGCUGAGUACUUGAACCCUCAGAUCAGGACUCUGUGGGAGACCAAGGGACCUGUGACAGGGAGCUCCAGUCAGCAUAAGAAAUAUGCCCCCCAAACGGACAGUCCCAGUCCUGAGAGGUCUCACCAGCACUUCCGGAGCUUCCUCUAUCAUGAAGCAGCUGGACCCCGGGAGGCUGUUGACCAGCUUCUGGAAUUAUGCCGUCAGUGGUUGAGGCCAGAGAUUCAUUCAAAAGAGCAGAUCUUGGAACUUGUGGUGCUAGAGCAGUUCCUGUCCAUUCUGCCCAGGGACACCCAGACUUGCAUAAAGAAGCACCAUCUACAGAGCAUUGAGGAGGCUGUGGUCCUGGUAGAACACUUGCAGAGGGAAUCUGGUCAAACGAGGAAUGGGGUUGCAGACCAUGAGCUGGGAAAGGAGGCAGUGCUCUUGGGAGAGACAGCAGAGGUCCCAGGCUUCAAGCUGAAGCCAGCAGAGGCCCAGCAAGUGGGCAUGUCCCAGGAUGAAGAAUUUUGGAAUACACACCAGAGUCUACAAGAGCUGCUGAUCAGGAAUACCCACAAAGAAACUGAGCCCGUAUGUGAGAGGGAAAUGAGCCUAGGAUAUUCAGAAACAGAAGCGAGAGAGAUUUCCUGUGGCUCUCCUUCACUCACAGCGGUGUCUGCUCACCGGAUCCUAGCCUUUCCUGAGCAGACAAACACCAAAGACUGGACAGUGGCACCUGAGCUCAUCUUGUCUGAGUCCCAGAGCUUGUUGACCUUUGAAGAAGUGGCCAUGUAUUUUUCCCAAGAAGAAUGGGAGUUACUGGAUCCUACUCAGAAGGCCCUCUACAAUGAUGUAAUGCAAGAAAACUAUGAGACUGUCAUCUCUCUAGAACUGAGCCUAGGAUGUUCAAAGACAGAAGGGAGAGAAAUUUCCUCUCACUCUUCUACAGCGGUGCCUGCUCACCAGAUCCUAGCCUUUCCUGAGCAGACAAAUGCCAAAGACUGGACAGUGGCACCUGAGCUCGUCUUGCCUGAGUCCCAGAGCUUGUUGACAUUUGAAGAAGUGGCCAUGUAUUUUUCCAAGGAAGAAUGGGAGUUACUGGAUCCCACUCAGAAGGCCCUCUACAAUGAUGUAAUGCAAGAAAACUAUGAGACUGUCAUCUCUCUAGCAUUGUUUGUGCUCCCCAAACCUAAAGUGAUCUCCUGUCUAGAGCAGGGGGAAGAGCCGUGGGUUCGAAGAUCCCUGGAGUUCAAGGACAAUUCUGGAGAGCUGCCUACAGUCAACACCAGGUACCGGAAGAGGUUGUGAGAAGCGGCGGGAGGACAGCUCGGGCACUGGCAGGGGCGGGGACGUCACGCGGUGGGACUCCGGGUUACCAGUCGCCACCCACUCACAACGACGAAGGAAGUAAUGGCCGCGAGAGGACAGCCACCGUGCAGGG